GCAAAGUCCAACUUAAUUAGUGUCCUUUCAUUACUGCAUCAUAUCAUGCAAAUGGAAACCCUCCCACUCCUCCUCACCCUAGCAGCAGCACUAUCAGCUUACUUCCUUUGGUUCAAACUCCUUUCCCAGACCUUAACCGGCCCGAAGGCCUGGCCAUUCGUGGGGAGCCUCCCGGUCCUCUUCAAGAACCGGAACCGUGUCCACGACUGGAUAGCCGACAACCUCCGCGCCACUGCUGGAGCCACGUACCAAACAUGUAUCAUACCAUUUCCUUUCUUGGCGCGCAAGCAAGGGUUCUACACCGUCACAUGCCACCCGAAAAACCUUGAGCAUAUACUCCGAACCCGGUUCGACAACUACCCUAAGGGCCCUAAAUGGCAAACGGCAUUCCACGACCUCUUAGGGCAAGGGAUUUUCAACAGCGACGGUGACACGUGGCUCAUGCAGCGGAAAACAGCUGCCUUAGAGUUCACAACACGAACCCUAAGGCAAGCGAUGGCACGGUGGGUGAACCGCACCAUCAAGAAUCGUCUAUGGUGCAUCCUAGACAAAGCGGCGAAGGAGAAAGUUCAUGUAGAUCUUCAGGACCUUCUCCUUCGCCUUACAUUUGACAACAUUUGCGGCCUUACUUUCGGGAAGGACCCCGAAACCCUCUCACCACAUUUACCAGAAAACCCUUUUGCCGUGGCGUUUGACACCGCAACGGAAGCUACAAUGCACAGAUUCUUGUAUCCAGGUAUCGUUUGGAGGUUCCAGAAGCUUCUGUGCAUCGGACAAGAAAAACGGUUAAAGGAGAGUCUCGAGAUAGUUGAAACUUACAUGAACGACGCCGUUUUGGACCGCAAGGAAUCCCCUUCGGACGACUUGCUCUCCCGUUUCAUGAAGAAGCGUGACGCUAACGGAAAACCGUUAAGCCCAACGAUCUUGCAACGGAUCGUUCUGAAUUUCGUUUUGGCGGGAAGGGACACGUCAUCCGUGGCUCUCAGCUGGUUCUUCUGGCUCGUAAUGAACCACCCCAAUGUGGAGGCCAGGAUCGUGGCGGAGAUCACGGCGAUACUCAACCAGAGCCGCGGCGGAGACCGACGGUGGUGGGUGGAGGAACCACUGGACUUCGACGAGGCAGACAAGAUGGUUUACCUGAAGGCAGCGCUGGCGGAGACGCUGCGGUUGUACCCGUCGGUGCCUCAGGAUUUCAAACAGGCCGUCGCCGACGAUGUGUUGCCAGAUGGCACGGUGGUUCCGGCGGGUUCGACGGUGACGUAUUCGAUAUACUCGGCGGGGAGGGUUGAGAGUGUUUGGGGAAAAGAUUGUUUGGAGUUUAGACCGGAGCGGUGGCUUUCAGUUCGUGAAGACCGGUUCGAACCGCCAAAGGAUGGGUUUAAGUUCGUGGCUUUUAACGCUGGACCGAGAACUUGUUUGGGGAAGGACCUGGCUUACCUUCAGAUGAAAUCGGUGGCUGCGGCUGUGCUUUUGAGGUACCGGCUGUUGCCGGUUCCCGGUCACCAUGUGGAGCAGAAGAUGUCACUCACUUUGUUCAUGAAGAAUGGGCUCAGUGAAAAACUGUAUAUGUUGGUUUACUACAUUUUACUUACUAUUUGCAUUUUGUUUGGGGGUUGA